UCAAACAAAAGUGACUAUUUUUGUAGUUUACCCUUUAUUAUUUGGUUGUUUAUUGAUUAUCAUAACAAAUUAUGAAAACACCGCAAACUCUUCCUACACGAAUAACAUAGAUCAAUCCAGAAGAAGGAAAAAAACAAGAAGCCCAAAAGGCUUGCACAUAUACGUAUAUUCUACGGUGAGAUAUGGCGACUGAAAGGAGAAUUGGGGUGGCUAUAGAUUUCUCAUCUAGUAGCAAGAGUGCGUUAAAAUGGGCUAUGGAAAACGUUAUCCGGAAAGAGGAUCAUCUUACCCUUAUUACCAUACAACCCGAAGGGAAUUAUGAGAAGGGCGAGAUGCAACUCUGGGAAGGCAUCGGUUCCCCUUUUUUUAGCCUUUGUUCCAUUAAUUAUCCUGCAACCAUGAAGAAGUAUGGAGUAAAGCAUGACCCUGAAGUAGUGGAAAUUGUUAGCAAUGGUGCUAAGCAAAAAGAAGUUGAGGUUCUUAUGGAAGCUUAUUGGGGUGAUCCACGUGAGAAGUUAUGUGAGGCUAUUGAUAGUAUCCCUCUUAACUGCAUAAUUGUAGGAAAUAGAGGGCUCGGCAAGCUUAAAAGGGCUAUAAUGGGCAGUGUAAGUAACUAUGUGGUGAACAAUGGUUCCUGCGCCGUGACUGUGGUGAAGCACCAUGAAUAAGUGCAUGCUCCCAUGACUUUUUUCCGACGACUUAUUUCACCGGUUUCCUCGGAGCUGGUUAAAGUCUUGAAUGGGAUAAACAACUGAUGUUCUAUGAAAUAAAUUAACAUGCAAAUUUAUCCCUUUUUUCCUUGUUGGAAUUUAAAGGAGCCCCCCAUGUUGUGUUGUAUAUGUUGAUAACUUCAGUUGCCAAUAAAGGGGAUGAUCAAUAAAUUCUGCAAA